GUUGGGCUGCCCGCGGCAAACGAGUUAGGUUUAUAAAUGUUGGCCAUAGCCGUCAUAAGGGGGUGAAAGGAGUAAAGCAAAGUCAAGUCCUUCAUACUUUUACUUUUUUUUCUUCUUCGUAUCUCAAUUUCCAAAAGGGCAAAAUGCACGCGGGUAUGUCUGUUGAUUGCGCUCCAGAGUUGAACAUCGCUGGGCGUCUUGGCCUAUCUCCCAUUUGACUUGCUAUCACACACGGCAACUUGGAUAACACGGCCGGCGUCUUUUCCAAGAACUUUUGAGUAGGAUUGUCGACCGACGACAGCCAGCAAACACAAAAUCGUAAACUUCAUUACGUUUCAUCUUACUUCCUCUUCUCUCCAUCCGCGGUUGAAUCCCGGCCAGCAUGCGGCUGCUGCUGCUGCUGCUGCUGCUGCUGCUGCUGGUGAUAAUCACACUCCUGCCUCCCAGCAUUCACCUCCCAACUCAAAGCACUAAACUUCCACUCACCCCAACCAAGCCGCAGGUCGAAACUGCUGUGGAAACCUCGGAUUUGUCCCUGUGGUUGUUCAUCUUGAGGAUUCUUGACAAUCUCCCAAUCCUCUUCGCUCCCCGUCUUCUUCUCGUCGCAUCGACUUUGCGCCGGGGGACCGGAGCUGGAGCUGGAUCUCUCCUUGGCAGGCGACUUUUGCUCUGUAUUCCAACUGUCAGUCGCAUGGUUUCUCUCGAGAAGCAGUCAAGACAGGAAGAGUGAGAUGCGGGAGACGUGCCUGGCGAGAUGCGAUAUGUGCCUCCUUGUUGUGCCAUUUUCUAUCCCAUUCGCCUUUUGAAGGUACGUGAAGAUUGAG